AUGAAACGUUCAUUACGCGUAGAUAAGAUGUCUACAGUGAAGCAGCGGUACGACGCUGUCCGACCGCGAGAGCGUGUGACGUUCGGCGGAUUCCAAUUUGUGGUUCCUUCACCGGACUUCCAAAUGCCAAAGUUCCGAUGCUGCAAUGGUGCUCAUGAAGGAGUCACAGAACCCGACCAUGAGACCGAUAGCUUUGAUCUCAGCGAAUGUGUCAAGGAGGUCAAAUGUAUAGCUAAUUCUACCCCAACCGCAAAUCAAGCACCGGCGGCGCCAAGUUUAUCAAGAACAGUCUGCGUGCCAUCUAUCAGUGGAAUCUCGACGGUAUCCGAAGAAAGCACCAUCCACAGCCUCUGUGGCGAAGCACCUGAUUACUGUAAGUUGGGUCAGUCAGAUCAGUUUCAAAGAGAGCGCCCUGUGGAAAGAUCGCCAUUUGUCGCUCAACAGAAAUCUUUGAAUACUGUAGCAAUUCCCAAUGACGUCAUAAUCGAAAGCGACGACGAAAUUCUAUUUCAAGACGAGCCUUCCGAUGAAGGUAUCGCAGCUGAUGAAGGAAUAGGCUACCGUGGCUACGACUCAUUCGAUGACAUCGAAUAUCUGGAUACAGUAACCGUGCCGGCAGCAGAAGUCCGCCACUAUGAGUCGGAUGAUUCGUUCAACGACGACGUGAUACUGACGCAAUCACAGCCAGCCGAUCCAGAUGGGAAGCGACACGAUAUGCACGGGCAGUUCCGCGGGUUUCUGAAAGACGACGGGGACGAGUUUGAAGACGAAGUCGCAGCAUUGGGCGAGCCGCUCCGUGACGUGAUAUACAAGACGCUAAAGGAAAAGUUCGGAUUCAAUUCGUUUCGACAUCGACAAAAAACCGCAAUCACAGCCAUUAUGCUUGGACACGAUGCUUUUGUGCUUAUGCCUACUGGUGCCGGAAAAAGCCUGUGCUAUCAACUACCAGCUGUUCUGUCGCCUGGAGUAACAAUCGUGGUAUCGCCUCUGAAGUCACUUAUCGAAGACCAGCGUUCGAAAAUGCGAGAUCUUGCGGGUAUUCCUUGUGAAGCGUUGACAUCGGACUUGAAUGAAGACAAACAACAAGUGAUCUACAAUCGGUUGAUGUGCUCCCCACCUGAUAUCAAACUGUUAUCGGUGCGUCUGGAAGAAUUGGCAUCAGUCUUUGGAAGUUUACAUCGUCGUAAUUGUUUAUCACGAUUCGUCAUUGACGAGGCGCAUUGCGUAUCCCAAUGGGGCCAUGAUUUUCGACCAGACUAUACGAAACUACAAUCACUACGACGCGACUACGCUCAGCCGAAGGUGCCGAUAGUCGCCCUAACAGCGACAGCGACGCCGAAAAUUGUGGCCGACACAAGAGACCAUUUAGGUAUCGUGGACUCAAAACUGUGA